GGUAUUCAGACCAAUCGGUCGUGCGUCCUGCGCGUUACCCAGGUCUUUCUUUGGAAGGCCUCCUUCUACGCAUCUGAAGCCUGUUUGUAGCUUACAACGAUAGCUCACAUCAUGUGGCUGCUACACACAGAAACCCUGAAACUUCAUACCUUCUUAUCGGAUCCGCCUGAUUACGUUAUCCUUUCACACACGUGGGGAACCGAUGAGGUUGCUUUCGAAGAGAUGGGCCAGCCGCAGGUGACGGAGAGGCUGGGAUACCGAAAAGUAGCCAAGUGUUGCGUGCAAGCCAGAAAAGACGGCUACGACUGGGCUUGGAUCGAUACUUGCUGCAUCGACAAAGGAAGCAGUGCAGAAUCGUCAGAGGCGAUCAAUUCAAUAUACGAUUGGUACUGGAGUGCUGCAACAUGCUAUGUGUAUCUUGCAGAUUGCGAAGUUAUCGACGAUUUUGAAGAGUCAAGAUGGUUCAAAAGAGGAUCGACGCUACAAGAACUACUGGCGCCAAAUGUCGUUGAGUUCUAUAACCGGAGUUGGGGGUUUCUGGGAUCUAAAGAGAGGCUUGCCCACCAGGUAGCGACAAGGACCAAAAUCGCCGUCAGAUAUCUCCGAGACCGGAACAUGAUACACAGCGCGUGUCUAGCGACUAAGUUCCAUUGAGCAUCGCGACGACAAACAUCAAGGAAAGAAGAUAAGGCUUAUUGCCUUCUUGGAUUAGUACAGGUAAACAUGCCCAUGCUGUAUGGUGAGGGCGAAAAAGCCUUCUACCGCUUACAAUUGGAGUUGCUACGGAAGACAAAUGAUCAACCCAUUUUCAUGUGGCAGUUCUCUGGCACUGGGCUCCUGGCGCCUAGCUCCAU